GCGGUCGUCACGUCCAUGGAUGUCUCUUCGGAUCCGUACCUGCCCUACGAUGGCGGGGGAGGAGACGGCAUUCCGCUCAGGGAGCUGCAUAAGCGAGGUACUCAUUACACAAUGACGAAUGGAGGAAGUAUCAACAGUUCAACACAUUUACUGGAUCUUCUGGAUGAACCAAUUCCUGGAGUAGGAACGUAUGAUGACUUCCAUACCAUUGACUGGGUUCGAGAGAAGUGCAAAGACAGAGAAAGGCAUAGACGGAUUAACAGCAAGAAGAAAGAAUCAGCAUGGGAGAUGACAAAAAGUUUGUACGAUGCGUGGUCAGGAUGGCUAGUAGUCACAUUAACUGGUUUGGCAUCAGGGGCAUUGGCAGGAUUAAUUGACAUUGCUGCUGACUGGAUGACUGACUUAAAGGAAGGCAUUUGCCUUAGUGCGUUGUGGUUCAACCAUGAGCAGUGUUGUUGGGGUUCAAACGAGACCACGUUUGAAGAGAGAGAUAAAUGUCCGCAGUGGAAGACGUGGGCAGAGCUAAUAAUUGGGCAAGCAGAAGGUCCCGGUUCAUACAUAAUGAACUACAUAAUGUACAUUUUCUGGGCAUUGAGCUUUGCUUUCUUAGCAGUUUCGCUGGUGAAGGUGUUUGCUCCCUAUGCCUGUGGCUCGGGGAUACCUGAGAUAAAAACUAUUUUGAGUGGCUUCAUCAUCAGAGGUUAUUUGGGGAAGUGGACUUUGAUGAUAAAAACAAUUACCUUAGUCUUGGCUGUCGCAUCAGGUUUGAGUUUAGGAAAAGAGGGUCCCUUGGUACAUGUUGCCUGCUGCUGUGGGAAUAUUUUUUCCUACCUCUUUCCAAAGUACAGCACAAAUGAAGCUAAAAAAAGAGAGGUGUUGUCAGCUGCCUCAGCAGCAGGAGUAUCUGUAGCCUUUGGUGCCCCAAUUGGUGGAGUCCUUUUCAGUCUGGAGGAGGUCAGUUACUAUUUCCCACUGAAAACUUUAUGGAGAUCGUUUUUUGCUGCUUUGGUAGCUGCAUUUGUUUUAAGGUCCAUCAAUCCUUUCGGUAAUAGCCGCCUAGUUCUUUUUUAUGUGGAAUAUCACACUCCUUGGUACCUUUUUGAACUGCUUCCUUUUAUUCUUCUGGGAGUAUUUGGUGGGCUCUGGGGAGCAUUUUUCAUCCGGGCAAACAUCGCAUGGUGUCGUCGACGCAAAUCUACGAAAUUUGGGAAGUAUCCUGUCCUGGAGGUUAUUAUUGUUGCAGCAAUAACAGCUGUCAUUGCAUUUCCUAAUCCAUAUACAAGGCUAAACACCAGUGAGCUUAUUAAAGAGCUCUUCACAGACUGUGGGCCGUUAGAAUCCUCCUCCCUCUGUGACUACAGAAAUGAUAUGAAUGCGAGCAAAAUAGUAGAUGAUAUUCCUGACCGUCCAGCAGGCACUGGAGUCUAUUCAGCUAUAUGGCAGUUGUGUUUAGCACUCAUAUUUAAAAUAAUCAUGACAGUCUUCACCUUUGGUAUCAAG